GUAAGUCAAGAGAGAGAGAGAGAGAGAGGAGUUGGUGUGUACAUUCAGUUCCUAAUAGCUGUCAGGAUGAGCUGCAGCCAAGGCAUCUACCACUUUUCUUCCGGAUCUCUCAGGGGUGCUGCAGGAUAUGGCUUCACACAUAUGGGAGAUCCCUACAGAGCUUCCAGUUUCCACGGAGAAAGUAGCAGUACACACAUUCCCAUGUCCUUUGGAGGACCCAUCUGGCUGGCCUCUGAUGCAGGAGCAGGUUGGGGAGGCUUUGGUGGGAGCCAUGGGAACCUCUUCAUGGGAAGAAACGAGAAGCAGACCAUGCAGGAGUUGAACGAACGCUUGGCUGCCUACCUGGACAAGGUGCGUUCUCUGGAGAAGGCCAACACUCAGCUAGAGGGCUGCAUCCGGGAGUGGCACAAGAAGAGGUCUCACAGCGCCCAGCAUGACUUCAAGGAUUACGAGCAAAACAUCUUAGACAUGCAUGAGCGGAUCGAGACUGGACGGGUAACCAAUGCAGGCAUCGUGCUGCAAAUUGACAAUGCUAAGAUGGCAACUGAGGACUUCAGGCUCAAAUAUGAGACAGAAAAAGCUCUUCGUCAAUGUGUGCAGGAUGAUGUUGAGAACAUUCGUAAGGAACUCGACAACAUGACAAUCAUAAUAACAGACCUGGAAAUGGAGAUUGAAGGUCUGCGAGAAGAUAAUAUACUCAAGAAGAAAGAACAUGAGGAGGAUAUGCAAGCACAUGGCUCUUCCAAGGAACUGAAGGUGAACGUGAAGGUGAAAACAACUCCACAAGAAGAUCUGGCCAAGGUCCUGGCAGGGAUAAGAGCAGAUUAUGAAGCAAUUAUUGAAAAGAACCGCCAAAGUCUGGAUGCCUGGUUCCAACAACAGAUUGCAAGUGAAUCACAGGAAGAAAGCCCCAACCAGGAUCAACUACAAAGCAGCCGGAAGGAAAUCCAUGAGCUGAAUCGCACACUGCAAACCCUAGAAAUUGAUUUUCAGACACAGCUUAACAAGAAAUUCGCCCUAGAAAACAACUUGGAUGAAACCACGUCUCGCUACGCCUUCCAACUUCAAAGCAUCCAACACUUAAUUUCCAAAUGUGAAGAAGAACUCAGCCAACUUCGCUAUGACAUCAAGUCUCAAAGUAACCAGUACAAGGUGCUCCUUGGAAUAAAAACCCGGCUGGAGAAGGAGAUUUCUACUUAUCGCCAGCUUCUGGAGGGAAAAGUUGAUGGGAUGACAGACUCCAAUUCAAGCUUUAGAGAACCAACCAACAAAAAUCUAAAGAAAAUUGUGCAGGAGACGGUGAAUGGACAGGUAGUUUCCACACAUACCGCUGAGAUCAAACGGCAGGUGUGACUUCACUAGUUCAAAGAACAGAAGCACUUUCAUCUUCAGAAAAAACCAUGGAAGUCUGACUGUCUAAUGAAAAGAGUUCUACUUCAUUUUAGUAGUGUACUUAAACAUCUCUUUCGGGGGCCUUGAACCUGCUUUCUUCAGUCUAGCAUUUACAUAUUGCUAUCCAAACUGAUUGUAAUUUAAUUUAAUGCAAUUGCAAAGAAUGCUCUGUCUUCUUUUGGCUCCUACGUCUUUAAAAACCACAAGAUAAAUAAAUGUCAUUAACUUA